AUGGCUGCUGCUGUGGGUGUAAACAGGCCAGGGACCGCAGGAUCGAUGGAGGCUUGUGUCCGACAUGGAAGGGGUGCCGCUGGCAACACGGUGAAGGUCCUGGAAUGUGGAGUCUGUGAAGACGUCUUUUCUCUACAAGGAGAGAAGGUUCCUCGUCUGCUGCUCUGUGGUCACACCGUGUGCCAUGACUGUUUGACGCGCCUGCCUCUACAUGGCCGGGCUGUGCGAUGUCCCUUUGACAGACAGGCUACUGAGCUGGGGGACUCUGGGGUGUGGGGCUUGAAAAAGAACUUUGCUCUGCUGGAGCUGCUUGAACGACUGCAGAACGGUGCCUCCACUCAGUCAGGCAUGUCAGAGGACGCACUGCGAGAGAUGGGGGAGUGCAUCAUACGGUGUGACGAGGAUGAGAGUCACACCGCCUCCAUGUACUGCACCGUGUGCGCCACCCAUUUGUGCGCAGAGUGCUCGCAGCUAACGCACUCCACCCGCACACUAGCCAAGCACCGGCGUGUGCCGCUGGCAGACAAGCCGCACGAGAAGACCCUGUGCCCCCAGCACCAGGUGCACGCUAUCGAGUUCGUCUGCCUGGAGGAAGCCUGCCAGCCAGGCCCGCUCAUGUGCUGCGUUUGCAAGGAGUACGGCAAGCACCAAGGACAUAAGCAUGCUGUUCUGGAAGCAGAGGCCAAUCAGAUCCGGGCAUCCAUCCUAGACAUGGCUCACUGCAUCCGCACCUUCACUGAGGAAGUGUCCGAGUAUUCCAGGAAGCUCGUGGGCAUUGUGCAGCAGAUUGAGGGUGGGGAACAGAUCGUGGAGGAUGGAGUGGGGAUGGCCCACACGGAACACGUGCCGGGCACGGCGGAGAAUGCUCGGUCUUGCGUGCGGGCGUAUUUUGCCGACCUGCACGAGACGCUGUGUCGUCAAGAGGAGAUGGCGCUGAGCGUGGUGGACGCCCACGUGAGGGAGAGGCUCAUCUGGCUCCGACAGCAGCAGGAGGACAUGACUAUCCUGUUGUCACAGGUGUCUACUGCCUGCCUGCACUGCGAGAAGACACUGCAACAGGACGACUGCAGGGUUGUUUUGGCCAAGCAGGAGAUCAGCCGGCUGCUGGACACGCUGCAGAAACAGCAGCAGCAGUUCACGGAGAUGGCCGACCACGUCCAGCUGGAUGCAGGCAUCCCUGUCACGUUCACCAAGGACAAUCGCGUACAUAUUGGCCCUAAAAUGGAAAUCCGUGUGGUGACACUGGGUUUGGAUGGAGCUGGCAAAACUACCAUUCUCUUCAAACUGAAACAAGAUGAAUUCAUGCAGCCCAUACCCACUAUAGGUUUUAACGUAGAAACUGUAGAAUACAAAAAUCUGAAAUUCACCAUCUGGGAUGUAGGUGGCAAGCAUAAAUUGCGUCCCCUGUGGAAGCACUAUUAUUUAAACACGCAAGCCGUGGUGUUUGUGAUUGACAGCUGUCACAGGGACCGACUGAUGGAGGCCCACAGUGAGCUGGCCAAGCUACUGACUGAGAAAGAGCUGAGGGACGCUUUGCUGCUCAUCUUCGCCAACAAACAGGACGUCCCUGGAGCCGUCUCGGUGGAAGAGAUGACGGAGCAGAUGAGCCUGCACAAGCUGUGCUGUGGGCGGAGCUGGCACAUCCAGGGCUGUGAUGCCCGAAGCGGCGUGGGCCUCCAUGAAGGCCUGGACUGGCUCUCGCGCCAGCUGGUAGCCGCUGGCGUUCUGGAUGUGGCCUGACCGAGCGCCUCCUCUCCGAACUGGAACAAUGCCACUAGACUGUGCUAACGUGGCUGAUUUCACAUAAUCUGACUGGAAAAGCAGCCCUACAUCCUUUUGGUUACUGUUGGCAGUGUUGGCAUGUUGGAAGGUUUAAAAGGAUAGUUCUCCACGCACUGCUAACAUGGCUGGGGGAAUUAAAUUUAGCUGUACAAGUUUGCAAUGGCUUGAGUGUGUCCAUUGGGACUUAUGGUACCAUGCUAACUCAUGUUGAUUUCUGGGUAGCCACGUUGGCUCUGCAGAACUACCCCUUUAGUGGACGCGUUCAGGGGCCUCUCAGCACUGAGCCUGCCCUCUUCCCACACUCACUCUACUGGCAACUUCAUCCUGUGUCACACAUUGUUAGUCUUAAAGCUUAAUGGAGCUGGGAUAAAGUAUCUUAAAACUAAUGAACAAAACAGCUUAACUAACAAUAGACCAAUAUCUUGGUCCACAGUGAUUUUUUUUUUUUUUUUUUUUUUUUUUACAGCAUUUUAGGGUAGGCAUUACAGUUCUUGCAAAUAUGACAGUUGGUUGGAACCUCAUAUUCAGAAUCUAAGGACAACAAGAUAUGCAGAAGGCAAAAUUGGGACAAUCAGAAAAUGCAAAAGUCUUGACAGUAAACAAAUCACACAUCACACAUUACGCCUGAUGAUCUACCUGCUACAUCGCAGGAACUGAACAGUUUAAGGUACUCGCCUUUUUUUAAAGCAACACUGAAGGUAACAGAACAGAAUGCACAUCACAACAGUCACCAUUUAACAAAUGCAAAGCACCCAUGCACCUGAAAGUGUGUACGAGGGGAUCAGCGUUACCAGUGAUCAGAUCUGUGAGUACUAUGUGAGAGUUGUCUGCAUUAAGAUAGUGGCCCCUUACUUCACUGUACCAUGUUGGUUUGAUUUUCUUUCUUUUUAAAGAUGUUGUAUGAAUUUUGCUUGGAAAAGAGUUGUGAUAUUUAUUUAUCAGUUUGUGGUUUUAAAAAUUGGUGCAUUGGUGCAGAUAUGCAGUCACAGUAUGGAGUAGAGGACGUGUUUGUUACAUGAAAUAUUGUUACUGGUUAUUUAUAUUUUUAAGAGUUACUGGUUGUGAUUUCUGAAAUGUUUUCAGUUGAGAUGCCGUACUGCUGUGCUGGAAGAAAUGCAUACUCAUACACAUUGUACACAUCCUAUAGGCUUCUCAUACAGAUUAACCCUUCUUCUAGUAGGUUCAAGUUUACUCCAUUGCUGUUGAAGCCAAGUGUUCACAUGCUCUAGACCUGACCUACAAACACUUGUCUUCACCAUUCUAAUUCGCAGGUAUUUUGUUCUUAAUCUCUAUGAGCUUAUAAAAACACCGCCAAUUAAUUUAUACUUGUUUAGCUGUGAUGGUACUGAAACCACCACCAACUUUGCACACAAGUCAUUAUAGCUAGUUGUUCUGAGGAUCCAGCCUUUGGUUUGAACUGUUUGUUUUUUUAAUAUUCAUUGGUAUGUAAAGUUUUUCUCUCUGUAUGUAGGUUAAGAGCAUGCAUGAAUUCUCUCUCUCCUUUUUCAAGAAUGAAUGUUAUUUUAAAAAGAAUUUCCUUCCUGAGUUUUGGAAACUUCAAGCACAGUAUUCACCUACACAUUUGUUGUGAACUUGACUAUGGCUUUUUGUAAUAAUACUCAAUUAUGCUAUUAAAAAAAUAACAAGCA